AUGCGGCGCGUGAUCGCCCUGCUGGGAAUACGCCAUCAUGCCGACCCUUCCUGGAUCGGGUUCUUGAUCUACGGCCCCUGGGGUAUCAGGCACGUGGUGGUUACCUCCACUGGAAUCGCCCACUUUGGGAAGAAGACUCCGAUACAAAACCGCCAGCUGAUGCUAUUGCCAGCCGCGGUGAUAGGGUUUCACGACAUGGCCUUCACGGCGCGAGUAACCCGCUCCGCCAUGCUGGAGGUAAUGCGCGAGGACUACAUGCGCACCGCCCGCUCCAAGGGUUUGCGCGAAUGGGUGGUGGUUGGCCGACAACGCCAAUGA